AAAAUUGCGUUGCCAUUUAUCAGCGAUUGUGUUCGUGUCGCGUGCUUGGAUGGUUCGUAGUUCUGACGGUGUGCAGAUUUUUUUUGUGCAUAUUUUAGGCGUCUCCGAGUGCUUUUCUUGACGAAAAUUUAUCCAGUGUUAUUUGAUGAGUUACCCUCAACAAAAAAAGCAAGUGUUUAGCGAUUCUUGAUUGUGGUGAAUCUUGGUGCGGUGUUUCGAAAUAGUUUUCGUCCGAUUUGAAGAAAAUGAAAAUGAAAGCCUUUAAACUUUUGAUAUUAAAUUUUAUUAUUAGAAGCUCCAAGACUGUAUCAAUGUAUCAAGAAUCAAUUUAAAAAACUGAAUAAAGGAGGUUAGGAAACGCUGAUUAAAUUUCCCAGAACUUGUGACGCAACUGGAUCUCUAAUUUAGGCGACGGAGUAAUAGAAAAAAGUGACUAAUCCGGCGACGAGUGCUUAAAUCUUUUAACUGGUUCAACCUUUGUUGAAUUUUUUGAUUAAAUGUUUUUAUAUACGCCUAUUAUGCCUUCUAGUGAUUUUAACAAGUAUAUUAAAGUAGUGUGUCGCAAGUAUUUGGAUAAGAUUUGCGAAAUUUCCGCGAAUAAGAUGCACCAGAUCGAGUGUUCAUUCUUCUCUACUGAGGCGGCUUACAGAGCGAAGAACGAUCCUGGGGAUUGACAGCGGCUUACCCGAAUGUCUUACCAUGGUUUUCUGACGUUCACUUGAUGCUUUUUGUAUGCUUAAUGUUUUUAUUAUGAUUCUGAUAGGAUGGUGAAAUAACAUAAUAUUUAUCAAAAUAUUCCAAUAAUGUAUGUGUGGAAAGGAGCAUUGCAGUUAGCAGUGGAAAAUGUGGCUUAUAAUUAAAAGAAAGAAGUACAGAUAGCAGAGACACUGUGCUGUGAGAAUAAGGGGAAAAGUUGGGACAAAGGGGCUCCAAUAAAAGUUAUUAUUAUUUUUCUGUGUUAUUACUAUUAAUUUGAAUUUGUUAAACCAUUGAUCAUUGCUAGACGUUGUAUUUGAUUAGUAUAGAUAAUAAUUUUUGCGGUGGUUUGUUUUACUUAAUUGAGUUCUGGAUUUUGAGUGCGCGAAUCUGCAUUUAUAUAGACAUUUUCAUAUAAUGGGUAGUCGCGGCAUUUUCGCUAGGAUUUUCAGUAAAAGCAGAUCAGAUAUUGAGAAGAUACAGGAGCAAAAUGAAGGCCUUCUGAGAGUUAAUAACUCGAACAAGUACAAAAUGUACUUAAACAAGGGUCAAGAUGAUCAGAUGGAGAUUUACUACUAUCGUUCCAGCAGGAUUAAAACCGCGUUCACCUAUUUUGGGUUUAUUCUCACUUGCGGCAUAUUGAGACUGAUAUUCCACUGGAUCCCACACUUAUUUUUAUACUCCACCAGUGUGAGUUGUAAGGUUUAUGAAGCGGAGAAGAUUUUGAUUGUGGAAUUAUUUAAUGGAAAGCACAAAAUCUACCACGUCAAACCGCUGAAGGUCCUAACUCCAGAGAGCGUUGCCAAAUUGAAACACGAUGACGACAUGCUGAACAGAAAUAAUGUUCAGAGUGCGUCCGUCCCAUCGCUGUCAGUUCAUUUCGAAAACGGGGAAUUCCGCGUGGUCGACAAGUUGUUGAUGUUUUCCUGCAAGAAAGUCACCUACAUUUGGGAAGAAAACAAGCACGAAUUUAUUAAAUUGCUCGGUCUGGAUAAGGGCGUGUCUUGCGACGUUUUCCACAAGUACAGGCCUCUCAGUUCCAGUGAAAAUUUCAUGAGGAAACUGGUGUACGGCUCGAACAAAAUUCUAGUCAAAGAAUCGUCCAUCAUAACACUAUUGUUUCUGGAAGUUCUCAAUCCGUUCUACGUGUUUCAGUUGUUGAGUUUCAUACUUUGGUUCGCCGAUCAGUAUUAUUAUUACGCAGCGGCCAUUAUGGCCAUGUCUGUGUUUGGAAUCGCCAUGACUGUCAGGCAAACGAGAAAAAACCAAAGAAACCUAAAAUCGACGGUCCAUUCUAGCGAUAUUUGCACGGUUCUACGGAAAUCCCAAAAAAUUUCAGACUACGAGUCAAACGAUCCGGGAUUAAGCAUGGAAUCGGUGUCGACUGAAUUGUUGGUGCCGGGCGAUAUAAUGGAGAUCCCCUCUCACGGCUGCAUAAUGCACUGCGACGCGAUCCUACUUACAGGCAAUUGCAUCCUGAACGAAUCCAUGUUGACAGGCGAGAGCGUUCCUGUCACUAAAACCGCACUGCCAAACAUACAGGGACUGACGUACGAUCCCAAAGAGCACGCGAGACACACUUUGUUUUGCGGCACUCAAGUGAUUCAGACUCGAUACUUUGGCGAUGAGAAAGUGCUCGCCGUAGUUAUAAGGACCGGGUUUUCCACAGCCAAAGGAAGCCUGGUUCGUAGUAUUUUGUAUCCUCCACCGGUGGAUUUCCGUUUCGAAAAAGAUUCCUAUAGGUUUGUCGCACUUUUGGCAGUGGUCGCCGGCGUGGGCUUUAUUUAUACCGUUAUCGAAAAGGUUAUAAAAGGCGUACAUGCUAGAGACUUAAUUCUUCAAGCCCUUGACUUAAUAACCAUAGUGGUACCGCCCGCUUUGCCAGCAGCCAUGACGGUGGGUAGAUUUUACGCACAAAUCCGUCUGAAGAAAAAUCAAAUUUACUGCAUUUCACCGAGAAGUAUCAACGUCUCCGGUAGUAUCAAUUGUGUUUGCUUUGAUAAGACGGGAACUUUGACCGAAGACGGUUUGGAUUUGUUGUGUGUGGUCCCGGUUAGAGAUAAAAUCUUCAGGCAGGCGGUCAGUGUGGUGGACAGUAUGCCCUAUGAUACGUUUGUUUUUGGUUUGGUUUGUUGUCAUUCACUGACCAUUAUAAACAAACAAAUUGUUGGGGAUCCUCUCGAUUUAAAGAUGUUUGAAUCCACAAAAUGGGUAAUGGAAGAGUACGAGGUGGCAGACAGUAACAAAUUCGACAUGCUUUUCCCAACGGUGCUAAAACCUCCAAAGAAUCGAUCGCCCGAAAACCACCAUUUAGAGGAUGAUCUCCAAAUAGGAAUCCUCAGGGAAUUUCCGUUUUCCAGCAGCUCGCAACGCAUGGGCGUGAUCAUUAGGAGGCUGAACGGUUCCCAUUUCGAAUAUUACUGCAAAGGUUCGCCGGAGAUGAUUUUAAAUUUCGUAAAAAAAGACACGGUACCGGUCGAUUUUCACGACGUCCUCGAAAUGUAUACUCAGGAGGGGUACCGGGUGAUCGCGUUGGCGCACAAGGAAUUGAGGUUAAGUUACGCCAAAGUGCAGAAAGUGCAACGGGAAGUAAUCGAGAAAGAUUUGAACUUGUUAGGUUUGAUUGUGCUCGAGAAUAGGUUGAAACAGGAUACGACCCCGUGCAUAAGGGCACUAAACGAGGCACAAAUACGGGUAAUCAUGGUGACAGGCGAUAACAUCCUGACCGCGCUCUCCGUGGCGAAGGACUGUGAUAUUGUCACCCCCGGCCAAACUAUCAUCAGUGUCAAUACGGACACUCUGCAUCCGCCAAAUGUGUAUUACACCGUAACUAAUACCAAGGACCGGUCAAAAGCUGCUAAAGAUUUAUCCAUUAUGUCGAACUCGGCAAGCGUGGUCAGUCUGGACACUGUGGAGAGUCAACUUCAGUCGAAUUCGGUCAGUAUGAGGCCCGGUGAGAGUGGCGACUCGGGGGCUAGACCUACAACUUUGUGUAACGACUACCGUUUCGCGAUGACGGGGAAGACUUGGGGCACCAUCAAGGAGUACUAUCCUGAACUACUGCCUAGGAUUUGCACGAGAGGGACCGUUUUUGCGCGAAUGUCGCCCGAACAGAAGCAGCAACUCGUUCAGGAACUUCAGAGUCUUGGGUAUUACGUCGCGAUGUGCGGGGAUGGCGCCAAUGACUGCGGCGCCCUGAAAGCGGCCCACACCGGCAUAUCCCUGUCGGAGGCUGAAAGCAGCGUCGCGUCGCCGUUCACGUCCAAAAACCCGAACAUCACGUGCGUUUUGAACGUGAUUCGCGAAGGACGCGCGGCUCUCGUCACCAGUUUCGGCAUUUUCAAAUAUAUGGCCAGCUAUUCGUUGUGCCAGUUCGUAUCGGUCCUAGUCCUGUACUCGAUCGACAGUAACUUGACCGACAUGGAGUUCCUGUACAUCGACCUCGCGAUUAUUUCGAUAUUCGCGUUCUUUUUCGGCAAAACCGAAGCGUACUCGGGCAAACUGGACAAGAAAACGCCGCUUAGCAGCCUGAUCAGCUUGUCGCCGGUGCUCUCGCUGCUCGUUCACAUGGUGCUCGUGGUGUUCUUCCAAGUGGCCGCGUUCGAACACCUCAAACUGCAAGACUGGUACGUCCCAUUCAACAAUACCGAUCCCGACGACGUCGCGUGCGUCGAGAACUACACCAUAUUCACAGUAUCGAGUUUCCAAUACAUCAUUUUAGCCAUAGUGUUCUCGAAAGGCUACCCGUAUCGCAAAUCGAUUUUCUCGAACUACGGCUUCAUCGUAUCGUCGAUCGUCAUGACGGCCAUAUCGAUUUAUCUCGCGGUCGCCCCGUCGCCGUUUAUCCGAGACCAGUUCGAGUUGGAACUGCCCGAGAGCUUCAACUUUCGCUUGUACUUAUUGGCUUACGCGGCGAUCAAUUUCGUACUUAGCGUCGCGGUAGAGUACUUCUUGAUCGACGAGCUGAUAUUUAAGAAACUGCGGUUCAGGUACCACGACGUCGACAAGUCGAAAAAGAGGUACUUGGCGAUCGAGCGCGACCUGAACAAAGACCGGAAAUGGCCGGUACUCACGUCAGAUUUCAAGAGCGCGGCGAGUCCGUCGAACCCGACGCCCGAAUGCCGCACUGAAAUCAUCGUCGAAAAGGAGAACAAAUUCGACCGUAACCACGUGCUGAACAAACUCUACGACAAUAAUAAUCCGAACGGGUCGGCGUUCGCGACACCGACGCACAAUUUCGAGACGCCGACGCGCGCGCGACAUCUCGGUAACCAAGAGACGGGAUAUUUCUCGCAGGAGGAUUUGCUUUUCUCCAGUUUGCCGUCGGAAAAUCGAUUUUCGAGUCCCUCGAAGAGUGACACGUUUAAAUCGUUGAGCGACAACCAGAGCAGUUACGACAUGGCCAGCUCGCAACUGAACAUACCGGACAUACCGUUCGAUGACGCGUCGGUCACUGUGGGCGGUGCUAGUUCGCCCACGAAAUCCGUAAACAUAUCAUUGAAAGAUCGGAGUAUUAUGUCGUCGGAACGGUCGGAUAAUGUUUUUCCGCAUUUCGAUGCGUACGGGAUGAGCAAGAGUCCGCCCGAAGGCGGUAACGGGCAGCAUUUGAGGUUAGAAUUGAAUAAUUUCGAUAUCAAUAGGUGAGGUACGAUUAUUGGUACGUUAAUUUUGAUCCCGCUAGAUGUCUCGAACGGUUUAUGCGUUCGUUUGAAUCUUUAAUUCAGACGAGCACGUUUCCAUGCGUCAUCCGAAACAAAUUCCAUAUAGCUAUUAGAUAAUAUUGUGUAAGGAGGGUAUACGAUACUUUCACACUAACCUGCACUUUGCGUCAUUUUCUUAAACAGCGAUCUCGACACACUUGUUCUCCCCUAAAUUCUUAACGGGAUCCGGAUAUAUUUUGAGAAAACACUGCCUUGAAAAUGCCAAAUCCACCCAUAUAGGUUUGGCUAAGUCUUAUCGAUUGAGCGACAUUUGAAAUGAUGGCGCAUGCGCAUGCAGAAUGAUCCUUUUAAAAAUUUAUAUCUAGUAGCUAUAUGACAAAAUCCCUUACAUCAUCAACCAGAAAAUUGACCCGGUUGCCAUGUUUUGACGGAAAUCUGAAAAUAUCUUCUUUUUAUAAUAAUUCAAGCAAUCAUUGAUAAGUAAACACUGUAGUUCAUGUGUUUUGAUUACUUGACAUAUCCAAUUUUGUAUCUCUCUGUAUAAAUGCACACAGUUAUAAAAAUAGACAAUUUCGAGACCUGACCGGAAUAGUAAGCGAUUAAAUUGGUUGGAGAUUUGGUAACCUAAAUAUAGAUUCAAGCGAACGGAUUAGCAGUUUAGCAUUUACCUCUUUCUGAAAAGUAUUUUGUAUGCGUUUUCCUAUUAGCUAGGUUAGUAGCGGAAAAUUGUAGGUGCUAAAAAUGUCGGUAUAUGUUGUUGAUCUACAUGUUGCCAGGACUACUAUACAUAGCUAAAUUGUGAUUGAAUAUUAGGUUAGAGUCAAAGAGUUUAGCUUGGAUUAUUUGAAUUAUGUCGGUUCGUUAUAGGUUACUUGAGCACCUAAAUGCAUUUGGUUUUAAUAAAAAAAAAUGUUUGCAUUUUUCGGGAACGAUUUUAUCGAAGCGAUUUGCAUCAUUUUUCGGCGAACUCUACAGUUUUCUGUAUCUUAUUAUUGUUUUAAUUAAUAUCGCGAGUAUUACUUAAUGCCUAAGACCAAAUCUUAACUUUUUUUGGGUAUUUAUUUUUUACACUGAUUCGCAGGGCUUUUUGCUUGUUGAAUCAUUGUUAUUUGUUGCUUCGAGACUAAUAAAUUAUUUACAUUAUUCAUAUC